GCCGGAGGCUGGGCAGGGAGGGCGGCGAGUGAGCGGACGCGGAGACGCAGGGGCGGCGGCGCCCAGGAGACGAGCUGCGCACCUGGAAAGUUACCCGGCUGUCUGGUCCUUGAGCAAAAUGGGAAAUGGUUCAGUGAAACCCAAACAUUCCAAGAACCCAGAUGGCCAGUCUGGGAACCUCACUGCCAGUGCCCUCCGGAGCAAGGUGACAGAGCUGGAGAGAGAGCUGAGGAGGAAGGAUGCUGAGAUCCAGGAACGGGAGUACCAUCUGAAGGAGCUGCGGGAGCAGCUGUCCAAGCAGACUGUGGCCAUCGCAGAGCUCACAGAGGAGCUCCAGAGCAAGUGCAUCCAGCUGAACAAGCUUCAGGAUGUGGUGCACAUGCAGGGAGGAAGCCCGUGUCAGGCCUCUCCAGAUAAAGUGCCCCUGGAGGUCCACCGCAAGACCUCGGGAUUGGUUUCCCUCCACAGCCGAAGGGGAGCGAAGGCUGGAGUGUCCGCUGAGCCAACCACCCGAACCUAUGACCUCAACAAACCACCUGAAUUUUCCUUUGAGAAAGCAAGAGUCAGAAAGGACUCCAGUGAGAAGAAACUCAUUACAGAUGCCCUUAAUAAAAAUCAAUUUCUGAAGAGACUGGAUCCUCAGCAGAUCAAAGACAUGGUGGAAUGCAUGUAUGGGAGAAACUACCAGCAAGGGAGUUACAUUAUUAAGCAAGGAGAACCAGGAAACCAUAUCUUUGUGCUGGCAGAGGGUCGACUGGAGGUGUUCCAAGGGGAGAAAUUGCUAUCAUCCAUCCCUAUGUGGACCACGUUUGGGGAACUAGCCAUUUUAUACAACUGUACAAGGACCGCCUCUGUGAAAGCUAUUACCAAUGUUAAAACAUGGGCACUAGAUCGAGAGGUGUUCCAGAAUAUAAUGAGAAGGACAGCUCAAGCUCGAGAUGAACAGUACAGAAACUUCCUCAGAAGUGUAUCCUUGCUGAAGAAUUUACCUGAAGAUAAAUUAACCAAGAUCAUUGACUGCUUGGAAGUGGAAUACUAUGACAAAGGAGAUUACAUAAUUAGAGAGGGCGAGGAAGGAAGUACCUUUUUCAUUUUAGCAAAAGGAAAGGUAAAAGUCACCCAGAGUACUGAGGGCCAUGAUCAACCACAACUGAUAAAAACACUGCAGAAAGGAGAAUACUUUGGAGAAAAAGCUCUUAUCAGUGAAGAUGUCAGGUCAGCUAACAUCAUUGCUGAGGAAAAUGAUGUCGCAUGUCUGGUUAUAGAUCGAGAAACAUUCAACCAAACAGUUGGGACUUUUGAAGAACUCCAAAAAUAUCUUGAAGGGUAUGUGGCAAACCUGAACCGUGAUGAUGAAAAAAGACAUGCGAAGAGAUCCAUGUCUAGCUGGAAGCUGUCCAAAGCACUCUCUCUGGAGAUGAUUCAGCUGAAGGAGAAGGUGGCCAGAUUUUCCUCAUCAUCCCCAUUCCAGAACCUUGAGAUUAUCGCCACACUGGGCGUUGGUGGGUUCGGAAGAGUUGAGCUUGUUAAGGUGAAAAACGAGAACGUUGCUUUUGCCAUGAAGUGUAUAAGGAAGAAGCACAUAGUGGACACGAAGCAGCAGGAGCACGUCUACUCAGAAAAGAGGAUCCUGGAGGAGCUGUGCUCUCCCUUCAUCGUGAAAUUGUAUCGCACUUUCAAGGAUAAUAAGUAUGUAUACAUGCUUCUGGAGGCCUGCUUAGGUGGGGAGCUAUGGAGUAUAUUGAGGGACAGAGGCAGCUUUGAUGAACCCACCUCCAAGUUCUGCGUUGCUUGUGUGACGGAAGCGUUUGAUUACCUGCAUCGACUGGGUAUUAUCUACAGAGACCUGAAACCAGAAAACUUAAUUCUAGAUGCUGAAGGAUAUCUUAAAUUGGUUGACUUCGGAUUUGCCAAGAAAAUAGGAUCUGGACAGAAAACAUGGACAUUCUGUGGAACUCCAGAGUACGUAGCUCCUGAAGUCAUUCUCAACAAAGGACACGACUUCAGUGUGGAUUUUUGGUCCCUGGGAAUUCUAGUGUAUGAGCUCCUAACGGGCAACCCGCCCUUUUCUGGGAUUGACCAAAUGAUGACCUACAAUUUGAUUCUCAAAGGAAUUGAAAAAAUGGAUUUUCCCAGAAAGAUAACAAGACGACCUGAGGAUUUGAUUCGGAGGCUUUGCAGGCAAAAUCCAACCGAGAGACUAGGAAAUCUGAAGAAUGGCAUCAAUGACAUUAAGAAACACAGGUGGUUAAACGGUUUUAAUUGGGAGGGACUGAAAGCACGGAACCUUCCAUCACCUUUACAAAGAGAGCUCAGUGGACCCACAGAUCACAGCUACUUUGACAAGUAUCCUCCUGAGAAGGGAGUGCCUCCAGAUGAGCUGUCAGGCUGGGAUAAAGACUUCUGACGGAAGAGAAGAGGAUGACCGCCUCCACUGCACAAGAGGACUCUGAGGACCAACAACCCAACCCUGAUUACUUCUCUUUGUCGUGUUAUGCUAUCUUUGGGAAGACCAUUAGAGAAAAGAAAUCCCUGCCCAUGAGCUGGGAGUGGGAAACAGUGGGUGUGGAGGUGGUUCUGAAUGAUCACGUCUCAUUUAGAUGCUGUGAAUUAUUCAUGUAUUCCAUUCUCUGCUUCUCUCCAGUGUUGUAGGCUAUCCUCUUCCCCUUCCAAAGUCAGAACUAUUUCUGUUAAAGGGACAUCGUUUGCUCUGCAACCUACUGCUCCGUCCCUUUGUCUCCUUUGAGUCCUGGUAAGGUUUAAAAAGUGUCUUGCCCUUGAGCAACUAAGUCAUUCAAAUAGAAGGAAGAACAAGGGUGAAUUUUAGAAGAUUUCCCCUACUCUCAACCACCUCACGUAAGCAUUAGGGCAUCUUGAAGUCAUGAUUUUCAGGAAACUUGGUAGUCAAUAGAAGCUCUUGAUUUUCACCAGUGUCCAACCUAGAAAUAUAUUAAUACGCUUCUGAUACUAGUACCGGGAAGGGCAGGCUUGAGUAUUAGUCAGUGGUACGACUUCCUAACAUACAUGAGUUCAUUCAUCUAGCCAGGUGAUUCUGUUCUAUUGGGGAACUUAGAAAAAAAUAAACAAAGCAAAAAAUAUUUUUCAUUCUCCAGUGACCAGCCAUGAUACCUCAGCAACUUUUCAAAAGCCUUGUUAAAGGUGGUUAUAAUGUGUGGUUCAGUGAUGGGCCUCUGGAAAGGUUUGAUCUUAUGUAUGAAAUAUUUUCACAGUCAAAUUAGAGAGCAUGCAGGAACAAAUUGUGAAGGUGUUUCCUUCCCAUUAAAUAUGGAGAAUAAAUUCUAAUAGGUAAGAAGGCUGAAACUCUGAGCUAUUUUGGCCAGUUCUGUGAUUGUUGCUAUUAAUAAACCAAGAAUAUAGAAUAACCACAGUUAAUUUUUAAUGGAAAUCCCCUUGGCAAAUGUUGAUGCACACCCAAUCAUGGCUGCAUUAAUAACUCUUUUUAAGGACAUUUGAGUCAUGGGCGUGUUUAUAGUUGUAGAUUUUAAGGCAAGCAAGCCUUUAGAGAAAUGAUGGGACAGUAAAGGGACUUCCAGCAUCUGUCCCCCUCCUGUCUCCUCCUGCAGUCUUCCAAUUAAUAAAUAGAUUUGUUUCCAUAACAUUGGACGCCAGUACCUAAGAACUUUACUAGUAGGAUGUUUUUAUGUAUUGACCAUAAUCACUUCUGCAGCCUCCUUCCCAAAUGGAUGGGAAACAAACUCUCUCUCUCUUUGAUCUGGCAGAGUAAAAAUAAUGUCUAAGUUCCUGCAUUACUCAAGCUUCUGGUUAUAUUUUCAUAUGCUAAUGUUCUGUAGGAAAAGCAGCCUCUACCCACACUCCACCCAUCUUUUCAGCAUUCAGGGAGUCUGCUAUGUGCUUCUGGGAGUGUUGAAUCAGAUACGUGAGGUCCAACCCAAGA